GUUCUCCCCUUCUCCCACAGGCCUGAGCCACGUGGCGCAGCAGCCUGAGGUGAAUCCUCCCCAGGGUCGCUGCCCCCAUAAAGAGCCAUGGCCCUGGACACCGUGAAGGAGCUGCUGAGCUUUGACUGCGGCUCGCUUGUGGCCUACCAGUUAGAUAAAAACUCUCAGCUGGAUUCCAUCAGCUUCCAGACCGUUCUCAUGAGAAACAUAUUUGUGCAUUUUCCUGAUGUUGUCUUCAUCCACAGAACCCACAGCCCCAGUGGCAAAGCUCUGUAUGUGUUCAUGGUGGAUGGCCCUUUCCUGAAGCUGCCAGGGGAGAUGACAAAGGUCAUUCAUUUUGCUGUCCCAGCCAAAGAAACUGCAGAAAGCCUGGCUCACAUGUAUAGGACCUUCAAGGCCUUCAACCCUGAGUGGAGGAAAAUUAAGACCUUUCUGGUAGAUCCACACUUUAGAUUGUUGCAAACUCUUUCUGAAGCAUUCCCAUCUGCAGAGGUGCAGCUUUCUGUUUUCCACGUGUGCAAGCACCUGCAGCAGAAGAUUCAUCAGAUGUCUUUGGAAUGCAUCUCCGAGAGACUGAUCUUAAAUGCUUUGAGGAACACUAUGUGUGCAGCCACUGAAAGCAACCUGAGAAUGAUGCACACCAUUCUGAGUGACUUUGUGAAGCCUGAUUUGCUUCCCCAGCUUCAUACUCACUGGCUUCUUAAUGACAAGAUAUGGGCUAUGCAUAGAUGGAGGAAUUGGAUGGAAUGCAAUCAGUAUUUUAAAGACUUGGAGAUCAUCACACGGGGCUUAAGCCAAGUCUUCUGCACUGGACUGUCUCUGGAAACCUGCAUCACUUCUCUGGCAAAACACUACCAGAACUGUGUUUCAAAGAGGCCCCCUGAUGCUGUGCUGUUCUCUGUUAACCCUCUGAGUAGUACCACGUCUACUGAGACAGUCUUUCAGAGCGUACCAGCUGAGCACUCACCAACAACCUCUCACAACCCCCAAAUAGCUCUUCAGAACCACCCAGCUCAGAGUUCUCCACCAGUUUCUCCCAGUCUCACAACAGCUAAUCAGAAAUGGCCAGGUCAGAAGUCCAUUCCAAAUCCUCUGGUUUUAAUUCCGCAUCCCCUGCCUGCUCCGCAGAGCCCCCUGCUUCUUCAGAACCAAUCGUCAGCCCCUCAGGUCUUCCCUUUUCAGAACCAGUCAGCUCAGCAUUCUCCUUCAGUUUCUCUGAAUCUCACAGCAGCUCAUCAAAUAUGGCCAGGUCAGAAUUCCCUUUCAAAUUCCAUGGUGGUUCUUCAGAACCCUUUGCCCACACCUCAGAACCCCCUGCUUCUUCAGAACCAGCUAGCAAAUCCUCCGAGCCCCUUAGAUCAUUUACCCCAUGAAAUUAAAGUAGAGAUCAUCACUGAAGACUCAAAAAGUGGCCAAGAUGUGGAAUGUAACCAAGAGACUGAAGACCGCAUCAGGCAGUCACUGAGAGACAUUUGCACAGAGCCUGCAGCCAGACUGUGCUUGAACGAGUUUGCAGUGGCACAGAAGUCUGUGCAGCUAAUGGGCACCAAUGAAGACAUAGUCAAUAUACAGAUCCUCGAAGACACCCACAAAGUGCAGCAAAGGGGAUUGAAAAGCUGCACUUGCCACUUCCGCCAGGCUUUCCAGCUGCCCUGCAGGCACAUCCUGGCUGUGUUGAACUCUGAUAAGAAGGUUUUAGAGCCAGAGAUGCUCAGCAAGCAAUGGCAAAAGGAACCUAACGUCUCUCAAGCAGAGCAAAAUGGUACCGAUGGCCUCUUGGAGGUUCUGAAAAGCUCCUGGAAUGAGUCUCUAGAUAAAUCCUUAGCAGUGUCCUUUCUUACAGCGGAGAUUAGCCGGCUUCUUACUCACUGCAGCAGUGAGGAGUUUGAGCGGAGGUACAGCACGCUCCGAGAAUUGGCCGACAGCUGGAUCGGUCCUUAUGUUCAGGUGAAGCUGUAGCUCAGAACUGGAGAGUUCCAUGCCCCUGCUCUCAGCCUGUGACUCUCCCGCUUUCUGUGGCUCGGGGAGAAGUGAGGUGUCUGUUUAAAUGCAGUUACUCCCGUGGUAUGUCUUCCAUUCUUUUCUCCUUAAAGUGAUAUGAAUGUGAGCCUUAAAUCGGCAUCCUGGUGGUUUCCCCUUUGGCUUAAGAUCCCGAACGUGUUCAGCCAAUAGACUUCCCCUUGCCCGUAAGCGUGCGUACGAAUUCUGUCUCUGGGCCAGCCCACGGGAAACACUCCUAGGAGUGGAUUGGGGAAGGAAGUUAAUAGCCUGGGACUAAGGUGCCUGAGCCAUGGCUCAUAUAUUCAGACCUUCAUGGGAUCCCUUUGCUCUCUGUUGCUGCAAGGCUCAUGUGGUUGGUUCCAGGUAGGGAUGUAAAAUAGGGAUGCCAGUGACUAGUCGAAUCAGUGCUCGACUAGUCACUUCUCCCCUCCCCUUGCGG